UGAAGCUCGGCUCAGUCCCAGUCCCUCUCCUACUCAAGCAAGUAGCCUGCCGGUGAUUGGACUGUCGCCUGAAGCGAAGAGGCCAAGCCGGAGUUGAUUCAAUUUUACAGCCCAGUCACUCUCUCUGAAGCUCCGAUUAGUCAGCCGAGGGAGCCAAGAAGGGGGAGAGAAGAAGAAGGAUAGUGAUGGCUAUGACCGACAUUGCAGAGGAUGACCUGGAUGAGAUGAUGCGUGAAGAAGCAGAGGAUGUCUUCUAUGAUGACGGAGUGUCGUCACGCGUCCCAGAGAUCAUGGCGGCAGGUACCCACUCCCCCGGGGGGCCCAAUGGCAUAAUCCGGAGUCAGUCCUUCGCUGGCUUCAGUACACUACAGGAAAGACGCUCACGGUGUAACUCUUUCAUGGGGAAUACAGCAGUGCAGAAGAAGCCUCAGUCCAAACCUAAGAAGCCCCACCUUUCGGGUCACAAGGGGGGCAGCAGCUCCAGAGAGCCACAACCCAAAAGACUGGAGGAGGUUUACACUGCACUCAAACAAGGCCUGGAUGAGUACCUAGAAGUUCAUCAAACAGAACUGGACAAACUCAUGUCUCUGAUGAAGGACAUGAAGAGGAACUCUCGUCUGGGAGUGCUGUACGAUCUUGACAAGCAAAUCAAAACCAUUGAGAGGUACAUGAGACGUCUGGAGUUUCACAUGAGCAAGGUGGAUGAGCUGUAUGAGGCGUUUUGCAUCCAGAGCCGUCUGAGGGACGGUGCCAGCCGGAUGAAGCAGGCCUUCUCCUCAUCUCCCUCCACUAAAGGCACCAAGGAGAGCAUCGCUGAGGUCAACCGCCGGUAUAAAGAAUACACUGAGAACAUGAGCACAUUUGAGAGCGAACUGGAGAACCUGCUUGGGGAGUUUCAUAUCAAGAUGAAAGGUUUGGCCGGCUUUGCUAGACUCUGUCCUGGAGACCAAUAUGAGAUCUUCAUGCGGUACGGUCGCCAGAGGUGGAAGUUAAAAGGGAGGAUCGAAGUGAACUCCAGACAGAGUUGGGAUGGAGACGAGAUGGUCUUCAUGCCUCUCAUCACUGACCUUAUCAACAUCAAGGUGACAGAGCUGAAGGGCUUGGCCACUCACAUGCUAGUGGGCAGCGUGAUCUGCGAGACCAAGGAGCUGUUCACUGCCAUGCCUCAGGUGGUGGCUGUGGAUGUCAAUGACCUGGGUACCAUUAAACUCAACCUGGAGGUCACGUGGUACCCCUUCGAUAGUGAGGACCUGACACUGUCAUCAGGCAACGUGAGCAAAGCCACAGCGCUCCAGAGACGAGUAUCAGUCUAUAGCCAGGGCACGCCGGAGACACCCACCUUCCAGGAUACCUCCUUCUUUUCCACUUUACCAGACGAUGUCUUUGAAAAUGGUGGCUGUGGCGUGGCCGAAUGCAAACGUCUCUCCUUCACCUUCUCCGACACCUCUGGCUCCACUCCCAGCCCCAGCCCUGCCCCAAGCUCCCACUCCCCAGGACAGUCCAACCCUGAGAUCACUGUCACUCCACCAGAAAUAGACCCAUCACCUUCACAAAUCUUCCCAACAAGAGGUGACUCCAUCGUAGAGGAGCAUUUAGAGGAGGAAGAGGAGGAGGAGUACGAAGAAGAUGGUGAGACGGGUAGUAGAACGAGCAGGGGCAGCAGAGGCAGCAGGGGCAGUAGGGGCAGCAGAACCAGCGCCAGCCUCGCCAGUGACGAUGCAGAUGUUCAAGAAGACUCGGAGUGGGAGCGCACAGAGUCCCAGCGAAACUCAGGCUCCAACUGUUCGGCUGCUCCGUCCUUGUGUUCUGAUGGCCACCUGUCUACAGUGGCCCCAGAGGAUGUUUUCCUGGACCACGCUGAUGAACUGAAACCUGUGGAGCUGGACACAGAGGAGGGGGAGGGAGGCAGCCUGACGAGGCAGCUCGUGAAGAGGCUGACUUCUUCAGAAAUCGUGCCACUGAUUGGAAGCUCCACAGAGGGUGAAGGAAGCCUGAGUUGGGCAGGGGAGGGAAGCAGGGCCUUCCUGGAGAGCAGCCUGGAAGAAGCCAUCCACAGCCUGCUGAUGAGGCUGGAGUCACUAACUCACCGCUGUAGAGAGUUGCAGGACCUGGAGCAGGAAGUGAUGCGCCUGGAGGAUCUACUGAAGUGUCGUCUCCCGGGUCAUAGGAGCCGGUCGUCUAGCUUCAGUCUGACAGUGGAGAGCGCCCUGGAGAGCUUUGACUUCCUCAACACCUCAGACUUUGAUGAUGAGGAUACAGGAGACGAUAACGCCGUCCUCAGCAUUCCCCCGCAGAGGUCUCCGCUUUUUGAUGCAGACGGAGAGAGAAUUGGUGGCCAGCAUCCAGAAGCCAGAGGACACCUGAGCGAAGCCCUGACAGAGGACACUGGGGUGGGCAACAGUGUGGCAGGAAGCCCCCUUCCACUCACCACUGGAAACGAGAACCUGGACGUGGCUAUAGUCAUCCACCUGCAGUACUGUAAUCACCUCAUCCAGUUGUUGAGUGGUGUGGGUGUGUGGCAGCGGCGCAGUCUACUCCUCAAACUCUCAGGUCAGACUCAGCUGUUAGAAGAGCUAGCGGAGAUCAGCGUGGACAGACUGGGAGCGAUUACAUCUGCUGCUGACGUACUCCCAGGCCUCGCUGAGCGCCCAGAGCUGAUGACUCUGUGGUCAGAGUGCAGUGGGUCUGCAGGGCUUUUUCACACCACCCUGGACAGAGUGUUCAAACACAUGAACCAGUGCUACACAGCAGUGCUGCAGGAGAGACACCCACACAGCGCUGACACAGUGAUCAGUACAGUAGUGGGUGAGAUGGUGGACAGGAGUGACCUGGUGGCAUCCCACAGUCCUCUUGUCUCUGCACUCUCCCAGGAUGUCCUGACCGUGUUUCAGUUUUAUGGCUACAUCUUACAACAUGAAGUACAAGACAUGGAGACACACCUGCUGCAUCUGGGCAGAGAGGAGGUGUUUGUAGAGGUCCUGUGCAGUGGAGAUUAUUCUCAGUGUCUAGCAGAACUGGAGCAGGUGCCCCUGUCCUCUCUGUGGCCUAAAAACAGCACCCUGAGAGCCCUGGCCUCCCUGCUCACUGCAGAGGAUCCUCAGGUCAACAAGGCAGCAGCCGACUACAUCUCCUCUGCAGCAUCACACAGCCACUUCAGGACCAGGGCAGUGGAGUGCUACACCCAGGCGCUGUCAGAGGCUGGAGUUCAGAGCCAGAGGGCAGCGUGUUCAGCUCUCAGCUGUCUGCAGGCCGUAGAGAGUAUCAAAGCUGUAGUAGCACUCUGUGAUUCAGCUGAUGAGGAGCUACGCCACGUCGCCAUAGAAACCCUGCUCACAUUUGGUGAGGAGGGGCGGCUGGCAUACGAGCAGUUGGACAAGGUGCCAGGAGAAAUAGUCCGUUUGGGCGCACGGCGAGGCAACGCCGUGACCACUGCCUUCUGA